AUGGCUGCUCUUACAGCGGCUGCCGCUGCUCAUAACAUGUACAAUCCAUUUUCAUUUAACAGUUAUAGUACAGACAGUUAUAUAGCACCAGAUAUAAAACGUGUGCGAGCAGAUUCAAAAAUUCAAGUAAAACUAGAAGAUAUUGAUUUAUGGAAACGUUUUCAUGGUUUGGGAAAUGAAAUGAUAAUAACAAAAACUGGACGACGAAUGUUUCCAACAUUUCGAGUGACAAUAAGUGGUCUUGAUCUAAAUACAAAAUAUAUGUUGUUAUUAGAUAUAGUACCAGUUGAUGAUAAUAGAUACAAAUAUCAUGAGUCAAGUUGGAAUAUAUCGGGAAAAGCUGAACCCCAUUUAUUUGGAAGAUAUUAUGUACAUCCUGAUAGUCCGGCAACCGGUGCACAAUGGAUGAAACAGUGUGUUUUAUUUAAUAAAGUUAAAAUCACAAAUAAUGCAAUGCACAAUCAAGGACAUAUUAUUCUUAGUUCAAUGCAUCGUUAUCAACCACGUCUACAUAUUGUUGAAGCAUCCGAUGUUUAUUCUAUUAGAACUGGCACAUACAACACAUUUACAUUUGAUGAAACAGUUUUUAUAGCUGUAACAGCCUAUCAGAAUGAUCAAAUUACGAAAUUAAAAAUUAAUCAUAAUCCAUUUGCAAAAGGAUUUCGUGAACAACCAACACAUGGAAAAAGGCAUUUAACAAGUCUAAAACGUCAUUGUGAGUCUAACAACGAUAAUGAGAAAAGAUUAAAAACAGAUCAUGUUGGUUCAUCUCGAUUAUGCAAGAAUGAUUCAUCAUUAAAUUCUACUCUACAACAAUCAACUACUUCUACUCCUAUUACUUCAUCUGUUAUUGCUGAUUCUACUACCUAUCUUGAUGAAAGUUAUACAUCCGGUGAUAGUCCAACAAAAGAUUAUAAAUAUUCAAUUUCUACACCAUUAACUACAUCCACAACUUAUCCAUCAAAUAUGUACAAUUAUGAUACAUCAUCACCAUUUUAUAUGAAUCAAAAAUUAAAUUCUUAUUAUGGUAUGUCAAAUACACCAUUUCCAUAUAGUUCAGUAAAUUUUGGACAAUUUUCACGUUAUUCAACUCAAACUUAUCCGUAUAAUCUCUCAUCACCAACAAACUAUAAUGCAUUUUUUAAUCAAUAA